UUUUACUUUUCUCUUCUGUACGCCACGGAGUCUUUCAAAUCAGGCUUCUCUCCUGUGACUUCAGUCUUCUACAUGCACGCUGCGGGGAGGCUGACUACCCUGCCCAAUAUUACCAGAACUUUCAGAAAUGAUCCGAAUCUACAACAGCCAAUACUACAACUUCCUGCAGCAGGCGGAUGCCCUUCGUCAAUCAGCUUUCCAGAAGCGCAAAAAGUUAGGGGAAGACUUGAAGAUUGCCAACACUGCAGUAAAAGAGUCCUUUGUGAUCCACUGCUGCGGGAGUCAGGCUCCACACGAUUGGGUCAAAGCUGCGAUGGAUGUCAGUUCUGUGGAAGAGACGCUGUGCAACUCGAAGCAAACGGCACAGACCACAGAGGCGAAAAACCCUACCAAUGCAAACACUGUCCCAAGAAGUUUAGCCUAAAACAUCAGCUCGAUACCCAUCAUCGCGUCCACACUGGAGAGAAGCCAUUUGAGUGUCGCCUCUGUGGUCAACGCUCACGGGACUACUCUGCUAUGAUAAAACAUCUGCGGACCCAUGAUGGGGCUGCACCCUACCAGUGCACCGUGUGCCUGGAGUUCUGCAGCAGCCUGGUCGCUAUGCAGAGGCACAUCAAGAGCCAUGCAGUGCAGGACUUCCCCCCUGACUGGAGCAUCAGCAACACCUACUUAUACAUCUCCCACAUAUGAGACCAUCCUAACAAGCUGUAGCCUGGUGUUCCUUGUGUAAGACUGUUAAAGUUCAGUUAAGCACUGUACUGAUGAUCAUAGCUAAUAAUCUGCUUUACCCAACCAACAGUAAAGCUCGAUUUAAAAAGAAAUAUAUUGCUCUUCUUGGAAGUAUUAAGAGCUAACUAGGCUUUGAAGGGUGUAAAAUCUAUGCAAAGUGAAACUGUUCUCUAUUUGCAUUCACAGUAAUAGGAAUUCCAUGUGCAGUACUAUUUUCCAGUGACAUUAAAGGUUUUGAAAGUGUUUACCGGGCAUUAAAGCCACAUCAGCAUCUAAUCCCCGAUGCAUGACGCAGGAAUCCUCCCUCUGACUUUCAAAAUUAUUAGACCGCUUUGCAGCUGUGAACUGGGUUUUUAGCGCUCUCAAGAGGACAUUUACUGAAAACAAAAUUCUGCUUCCAUUGACAUGAGGCUUUGUAUGCUAUUGACUAUGAGAAUUAUCUUAUAACAAGGUAAUGAUAAUACAGUAAAGAUCAAAGAGAAUAGUGGAAUUACCUUGAGCUUGGUAGGGUUAUAUGUAUGUUAGUAUGCAUGUGUGAAUGUUGGCAUUUCUUGAAAGCUGAUCCCCUAGUAUUUUACAGAUUAUUGUAAUCAGUGAAUUCUGAGGUAUCAAGACUUAAAUUUAAUUUGUAUUAAAGAAAUGUUUUUUUAACUGCAGUUUUAGGCAGUUAACGGUUAAUAUAUUAGUAUUACUGCUCGAUAGAAAUGAAUGUAUUCAAACUGUUAGAAGUAUUAUCGUCUGAUCUAGUGAUUUAUGAUUUCUUUAUUUUAGCUUAAAAAACUACUAGAUUACUUUUAGCUUUCUCAUAGCUCAUUACUUUUUUUGGAAAAUACAAUAAAUAAAAAAACAUUUUCAGAUAUCUUGAAUAAAUGAGCAUUUAAGAUUGUUUUUCUAUUAGUGGGGGUCUUUUGUCUUUCUGUCACUGCCAAAUGCAUGUUUCUAUUCAUUUAAGAUUAUGUCCUUCCGAUUAAACAGUACUCAGCAGACGAAAUGCUUUUUAUAAAAGUUACACACAAAGGUAUUAAACUGAUGUUUUCUCAGUAGUUUAUGUUUGCAAUACGAAGUAUUAUACAACGCUUCCUGAAGGGAGCUUCUAGUAAUACUCACAGGCCUUCUUCCACUAUAAGAUAAGUGUGGAUUUUAGCAGCAUUAUCAUAAUAUGUAAAAUAAUGAUAUUCAAUAAAUAUGUAUUUUUAUUUUCCAGCCAAUCAUUUAUCAAAUAUGCCAUGUUACUACUGCACGAAAUAAACAUGCUUGCCAAUAAGAGUAAACUUCCGAGUUCUUGCACAAAUCUCAUUUAAAUGGGUUAAAACAUAUUAAGCCAUAAUUUCCUGACUGAAUUAAGCCUCUAAAAGAAUUUACAAAAGCAGUAGCAGUUACCAUGGUGAUUCUGUGCCGCCAGCCUGCUCCAGGCUUAACUAAGCCUGGUGCCUUAUCUGUUUUUUAUCUGUCUAUAUAAAAUUACAACUAAUACAGAUUGGUUUU